GGGGCGGGGCGCUGAGGCGGGGCCGGGGGCGGGGCGUGGCGGGGCGGCCCCUGAGGCGUCCCCGGGCCGGCGGCUCCUCCUCGGCUCACCUCGGCUCACCCCCCGCAUGCCGCCGGUGCCGGGGGCGCUGUGGAGCGGGGCACGGGGCCGCCCGCCAUGGCCGAGGCAGGAGCGGGGAGCGCCGAGGGCGCCGACGAGGAGCGGCGGGCGGCGGAAGAGAAUUUCCCGGUAGAUGGGAGCCCCUGUGUUGCCUCUGGAGUCUCCAGCCUCAUGAAUCCCAUCCCCACGCCUGCCACCACCACUCCUUUCAAUGCUCCGGUGCCUGAGAUUCCCAGGAAGCGCAAAGGGAGCGAUUCCGACAACCAGGACACGGCUGAAGCUGAUGGGGAUCCUCAGAAAAGGAGUGAAGAUGAAGAACAUGUUAAAGUGAAAGAUUUCAGAGAGGCUCACAGUCAAACAGAGAAAAGGAGGAGAGACAAAAUGAAUAAUCUGAUCGAGGAACUGUCUGCCAUGAUCCCUCAGUGCAACCCCAUGGCCAGGAAGCUGGACAAGCUCACGGUGUUAAGGAUGGCUGUGCAGCACUUGAAGGCUUUGAAAGGUUCCAGCAGCUCCUAUACAGAAGUCAGAUACAAACCUUCAUUUUUAAAGGAUGAUGAACUCAGACAGUUAAUCCUGAGGGCUGCAGAUGGAUUCCUGUUUGUGGUUGGAUGCAACAGAGGGAAAAUCCUGUUUGUCUCUGAAUCAGUUUGCAAAAUACUGAAUUAUGAUCAGGCCAGUUUAAUUGGGCAGAGCCUGUUUGAUUAUUUGCAUCCGAAGGAUGUCGCAAAAGUCAAGGAGCAGCUUUCUUCCUCGGACAUCUCCCCUCGGGAGAAGCUCGUGGAUGGCAAAACUGGCUUGCAAGUCCACACAGAUUUCCAGGCUGGACCGGCUCGGCUGAAUUCCGGGGCUCGCCGUUCCUUCUUCUGUCGGAUCAAGUGCAGCAGGAGCACGGUGAAGGAAGAGAAGGAGUGUUUGCCCAACCCAAAGAAGAAAGAUCACAGGAAAUACUGCACCAUUCACUGCACUGGGUACCUGAAGAACUGGCCUCCCAAUGAGGUGGGGGUAGAAGAGGAGAACGAUGUAGAAAAGGACAGUAGUAACUUUAACUGCCUUGUUGCAAUCGGGAGGUUACACCCUUACAUUGUUCCCCAGAAGAGUGGAGAGAUAAAAGUCAAAGCAACAGAAUUUGUUACACGGUUUGCCAUGGAUGGCAAGUUUGUUUAUGUAGAUCAGCGUGCCACAGCAAUUUUAGGGUAUCUGCCCCAAGAGCUUCUGGGAACUUCUUGUUACGAGUACUGCCACCAGGAUGAUCACAACCAUCUAGCUGAAAAACAUAAAGAAGUGCUGCAGAAUAAAGAAAAAGUCUUUACAAAUUCCUACAAAUUUAGAGCAAAAGAUGGCACUUUUGUCACUUUGAAGAGUCAGUGGUUUAGUUUCAUGAAUCCAUGGACCAAAGAGCUGGAGUACAUUGUGUCAAACAACACUGUGGUAUUAGGUCACAAGGAGUCAGCUGAAGAAGAGGUUCUCUACAGUUCCCAGCCUGCAGAAGAUGCUGUGAAACAGUCUUUAGUAAGUGUACCUGGAAUGUCCUCUGGAACAGUCCUCGGUGCUGGGAGCAUAGGAACCGAAAUUGCAAAUGAAAUAUUGGAGUUGCAAAGGUUGCAUUCCUCACCAUCAGGGGAGCUGAGCCCAUCACACCUCCUGAGAAAGUCCCCUUCUCCAGCUCUGCCUGUGAACUGCAGCGAUGUGCCAAAUAAAGAGCUGAUCCAGUUAUGUCCUUCAGAGACAGAAGUUCUGGAGAAUUCCGAACAACCCCGGGGUGCUACUCCAUUUCCCAGCAACGAGCCUCUCCUCAGUGGGAAUUCCCAGCUGGACUUUGAUGCAAUAUGUGAAAAUGAUGACACUGCCAUGACAGCUCUCAUGAAUUACCUGGAGGCUGAUGGAGGCCUUGGGGACCCAGCUGACCUCAGUGAUAUCCAGUGGGCUCUCUAGAGCUGCUUUUUCGGGAUGAGAAGGAAUGUAAAACCCGUAAUGCACAACAACCACACAUCCUCAGUACUGUAUUGUAGGUUUUUUUAAUGUCUCAGUUGGAUUCGAACUUACUGUCUAUAUAUAUAUAUAUAUAUAUAUAUAUAUAUUUUUAAAAACUGAAGCCUUGUUCAGAGAGACACAACUUCUGCUGCACCUCUGGAAAAUGCAAUAUUUUGUUUUUUCUCAAGAUGAGGAAACCUUGAAAUUUUAAUAUUGAACCACCUGUAACUGGAAUGCUUAGAGCACAUUAGUAUAUUUUUGCUAAGAAGCUUUAACCAAAAGGUACUGUACAAUGUACAGGAAGACUUUAUUUCUUAGUUUUAAUACUCAAACUUUUAUUUAUUGGGUUCGUUUCAAGCUGUAGAAUACUGGUUAUCCGUGUUACCUUCUGUAGAACCUACUGUACUUGUAUGGUUUGAAGAUAUUUGUAACUAUUAAAUUUCAUGGAAAUGAUGAUUUGCACACACUAGAGUUGUAAAAUAAGGUGUUGUGAUUCUCCAGUGAUGCAGUUUGUGAUUCCUUGCCCUUCUCAGCAGGGCAGUUUUUGCAGUCAAAAGUGAAAAUAAAGAAUACAGAUCUGGGAACAAAGGUUGGAGUUGGAUCCCCAGAACAAAGAGGAGAGAAUGGUUUGAGAAAAACAGUCAUUUUCCCAGUAACCAAGGCGAGAAGGGUAUGAGAAAAAGAGCACCAAACUUUUAAAUUACUAUUUGGUAUUGUUUUUAAUGCAUUGUGAGUGCAGAGAACCUGAGACAGACAGUGCUGUAACUGUCAUAAAGCACUUUGCUCUUGUCCCAGGUCAUUUCCUAACUAGAGGAACUCUGGGCAGACUGUCUUGGCUCCAGGGUGAGCCUUGCACUGUCUGUUAGUGAGAGAAAUGUUAAAUUCUAAAGCCUCUUCUGUUAUGUUUUUGAAGAUAAGGAGAACUUUCUGUUGCUUGAGUCUGUGACUUCAGCAAACCCCUGUAAUACAGCCCUGUCUGCAGUCAGGGCCAUGCAGGAGGA